AUGCCAGGCACGAAACGGUAUCAGCAUGUGAUUGAGACCCCUGAGCCUGGCGAAUGGGAGGAACGAAAUCAGAUCAUCAGUCUUGGCAGCAAUCCCCUUACUCACAGAGCCAUCGCAUGCUCCCCUCCUAGCUCCCAUUUCUUCCUACUGAUCCCUGUCCACUCUCCAGCGACUGUACAGUCUACCGUGGCCUCUCAGGAACGGACAGAAGACAGUGCCCUAUACGGGAUUGAUGAGCUGAAGAAGGUGGCUGCUGGGAAGAAAAGAGUCACUGUCAUAGGCAUUUCUGUUGGACUCUCUGCACCCUUUGUGGCAGGCCAGAUGGACUAUUGCACGGAUAACACAGCAGUCUUCUUGCCAGUCCUGGUUGGCUUCAAUCCGGUGAGCAUGGCCAGAAAUGACCCCAUUGAAGACUGGAGAUCAACAUUCCGGCCAGUAGUAGAGUGGAUGCAGAAGAUGCAAGAGAAACAGGAAGCUUUUGUGCUCAAUCCUGCCAUUGGGCCCGAGGGGCUCAGUGGCUCUUCCUGGAUGAAAGGCAGGAGCGCCACCAAGAUUCUGCUGGAAACCCUGCUGCUAGCGGCCCAUAGGACUGUGGACCAGGGUGUGGUGGCCUCUCAAAGAUGCCUUCUGGACAUCCUGAGGACAUUUGAGCGGGCUCAUCAGGUGGCUUCUUCAGUGGUGGUGACGGCUGCUAUGUUUCUUUGCAUCCUGUCACCCAGCUGUCCGUACCCACUGUGUUCCCAUCUGCUGCUGAUUUCUGCCUGA